AUGACGACCACAGGCCCAGGCAUAUUUACAUCUCCAAAGGGCGUUGUGAAAGGUGCCGGAUCAGUUGGGUUGACUCUUAUCAUCUGGGGAAGUUUUGGUGUCUUCAGUGCGUUUGCCGCUCUUUGUUUUACGGAACUUCGUGAAUCUGUUUCAAGAGAAGGCGUGGAAUAUGCCUAUAUUACUGAAGCCUUUGGUCCUUUGGCAUCAUUUGUUUACUGUUGGAUGAGAAUAGCUGCAGCAGAACCCGUAGCUACGGCUAUAUUUUGUAUGGGGUUUGCCGAUUACACCAUGGAUGCCUACUAUGAUGAUUGUGGUCCGUCACAGCUGCAUCGUAAAAUGCUUGGUAUAUUGGCAGUGGGUCAUGUAACUGAGCUGAAAACUGGUUUUGAUAACACAGAAACAAACCCAACAGCUAUAACUUCAGCAAUCUAUAACUGUUUGUGGGCAUACGGUGGAUGGGCAAGUGUAAAUAAUGUAACCAAAGGCGUAAGAAAACCUCCAAGAAAUCUACCUCGAUUAAUUAAAGUCGCGAUCCCAACAGUAGGUGUGAUAUUUAUGGCUGUAGUGACGUCAUAUUUUACUGCGAUGACGAAAGAUGAACUUGUUGGGUCAGAAGCUAUUGGUGUGACCUGGGCUGAUCGGGUUCUUGGUGCAUAUUUUCCAGUCAUACCUAUUGGUGUUGGUUUUCUAGCGUUAAGGAGUGCAAAUGCAACUUUUUUGGAUGCUGGAAAAUUAUCAGGAGUCGCCGUUAAAGACAAUAAAAUGCCAGAAGUAGCAGCUUUUGUUCACGUUAGAAGUAAAACCCCGAUUUUGACUGUUAUAACAAGGGCCAUAAUUGCUAUAAUUAUGAUUAUUUUGGGGACCCUAUCGUCACUUUUAAAUUUCUUUAUCUUCAUUGUUUGGGCGUUUCAUGGAUUAUCUGUUCUGGCAUUGAUAGUUCUCAGAUUUAAAAACAAGAAAAAGAAAAGACCAUAUAAGGUUUAUCUGUUUAUGCCUGUGAUAGUUGUACUGGGUAUCACCAUAUUACUGAUAACUCCGUUUUUGGAAAGGCCGAAGGAUGAGUUUAUUGUUGCAGUUUCCUUGUUUAUAUUAUCGUUUAUAGCUUAUCUUCCUUUAACUUAUUUAAAAAGCUACAAUCCACUUUUCUUUGGUAAGUUUAACUAG